AUGGCGCGAUCGCGAGGAGCGGUGAAGAAGGCGAAGGCGCAUGUAGUGACUCAGAAGCAGAAGAGAAACCCUCUCAAGCCCAUCAGUAAGAUUCUUCCAAAAGCUGUCAGUGUCUGGAAGGGCAAAGACACAGUCAGAUCAAACUAUGAGAAGAUGGGCUUGGCAGCGGAGCUGAACAGCGACGCAUCGAUUGCGACAUGUCUCUCGACUCGUGAGGGGUUGAUAAGAGGGAAAAAGUCAUCAUCGUUGUCACUCAGCAGUGGUCAAAUUCAGGAGAUGCGAGCCAGGGUUGAGAAUGCUGCACCUUCUCGCCUAUUCAUGUUUGAAGGAGACCAGGAGUUCGUUGAAGCGCUUCAAAAGAAGUAUGGAAACGAUUACGAGAGGAUGGCCAAGGACAGGAAGUUGAAUCGAUUUCAGCAUACGCCAGGUCAGAUCAGAAGAAAGGUCGAGAAAUACCUCAAGGUGAAGGAAGCAGGCCUUGUCGAGAAGCGAGGAAUUGCCACAAAGCUGCCAUGCCAUACCUGGAAUGCUGGAACAGGCAAGAAGAAAGAAUUCUAA